AUGGCGUCUCCCUUGAAGGGGGAUUGGUACUGGAGAAAGUAGACGCUGUCAUUUAUCAGAUUUCUCCUGUAUAAGGGCAGUUAACCCCGACUGAAGAGGCUUUUAGGAGCGGGUAGUUACCAUGGGGACUGUCCAUGCUAAGAGUCUGGAUCCCCUCCCGAUGCAUGGUCGGGACUUGGGCGUCAACCCUGAUGACCUGAUGGAGACCCCAGAACUGGAGCAGGACGCCAAACAGGAGAUUCUUGAAAACAAAGAUGUGGUCGUCCAACAUGUCAACAUCCAGGGUCUUGGAAGAACUAAAGAGGAUCUGCUCGGCUAUGAGAUCUCUGAUGUUUUCCACGCCAAAAACCUGAUUGAUGUGAUGAAAAAAGCUCACAUCGCCAGACAGAGGCUGCUCCGCCUGGGGAUCUUCAAAGAGGUGGAGGUUCUCAUCGAUACGUCUGAAGGUACAGACGCUUUGCCUAACGGUCUGGAUGUCACCUUUGAGGUGACGGAGGUAAAGAGGUUGACAGGAAGCUACAACACCAUGGUUGGCAACAAUGAAGGAAGCAUGGUGCUGGGUCUGAAGCUGCCUAACAUGUUGGGCCGAGCUGAGAAACUCACCUUCCAGUUCUCCUAUGGAACCAAGGAGACGUCAUAUGGCCUGUCCUUCUUCAAGCCCCAGCCCGGACAUUUCGAACGCAACCUCACCCUCAACAUGUACAAAGUCACCGGCCAGUUCCCAUGGAGCUCCUUGAAGGAGACCGACAGAGGCAUGUCUGCAGAAGUCAAUUUUCCUCUCGGAAUGACCAACCACACGUUGAAGUGGGAGGGUGUCUGGAGGGAGCUGGGCUGCCUGGCACGCAGUGCGUCGUUCGCCGUGCGAGAGGAGAGCGGACACUCGCUGAAAUCUGCCCUCUCGCACACCGUGUCAGUUGAUUCGAGGAAUUCUGCCAUUUUCCCCAGCAGAGGUGCCUUACUGCGGAUCAACCAGGAACUGGCUGGGUACACAGGAGGAGACGCCAGCUUCUUGAAAGAGGAUUUUGAGCUGCAGCUCAACAGACGGCUCUUUUGGGACUCAGUCCUGUCUGCUUCUCUGUGGGGUGGGAUGCUUUAUCCCUUGGGAGGACAGCCGUCCUGCAUCGCUGACAGGUUCUACCUUGGAGGUCCCACCAGUGUGCGAGGUUUUGGGAUGUACAGCAUCGGGCCACAGAGUGAAGGUGACUAUCUGGGUGGGGAGGCGUACUGGGCAGGUGGACUGCACCUCUACACUCCACUGCCCUUCAGACCAGGCAAGGGCGGCUUUGGAGACCUUUUCAGAACGCACUUCUUCCUCAAUGCAGGCAACCUCUGCAACCUCAACUAUGGCGAUGGUCCUCGGGCGCACCUUCAGAAGCUAGCUGAGUGUAUUCGCUGGUCGUACGGCGCGGGCAUCGUGCUGCGGCUCGGCAACAUCGCCAGACUGGAGCUCAACUACUGUGUGCCCAUGGGAGUUCAGAGCGGAGACAGGAUAUGUGAUGGUGUCCAGUUUGGAGCAGGAAUCCGCUUCCUGUAACCUCGUCACGGCCCUCAGUGCUCUUGCAGAGGCUGGGAUGUGAAAAGGGAGGACGUCUUGUUGUUUGUCAACUGUAACUUGUUGUAGAGUGUGUAACACUAGCAUGGGUCAUAUGUCCUGGGGAAACGUGCCUGACCCCCCUGCCCUCCUUUGAUAUGCACCGGUUAAGGCUUUUGAACAGCAGAGUGCCAGUGCUGAGCCAUGCACAACCCGAACAGACUUUCACCAAUUCGAGAGACCAGGGUACCAGAUACAGGAGCAACCUCAAGACAUGAUGACAGCUACAGCUAAAAUACAAUCAUGAUGAAUCUUUGACAAAUCUCAACAACACAUCUGUGAUUAUUCUCUCCAGUAGAUUAUUGAUUGAUGGUUUAGUUUUUGAAAUCUCCAGCACUGGCACCUUGUCUGGGGAAAAAGUCGGCCACUAGUGAUUUCACCCACUGUGUUUCCUGUGGUGACACAAAGUAACUUAUUUUACAGAGCGUUGUUCCCUGUCUGCCUUCCAGGACUGCUUCUUACCCAGGAGCAUGACUUGUUGAUGAUUUUGUUUGACAGUUACCCAUAAACCACACACUCUCAGCCAGGGAACGAAGCGAGAGAAACCAGCACUUUUUAAUCACAGCUGCGGUGUUCGAAGGGAAUCGGCCGACGUGCCAAAGCAGUUUGUUCGAACGUUGUUGUCUGAUGCAAAGGACGGCGGCUUGAUCCCUGUGAUGGAAAACUCCCCCUGAGCAACAUCCACCACCAGUGCUCUUACCGUUAGUCUUCUUUUUGAUGUUGUUGAUGCUAUUCACAAAUAAAUCACAGCUGCUCCCCUGUU